GAAGAAGAAGAAGAAGAAGAAGAAGAAGAAGAAGAAGAAGAAGUGGCGUUUCCUGGACAAGAUGAAGUCCCUUGUCGUUUUCGAUUUUGACCACACGAUAGUGGACGAUAAUAGCGACACCUGGGUGAUAAAAUGUGCUCCUAACCAAAGUCUACCAAGCUGGCUCAAGAACUCGUACCAGAAAGGACGCUGGACUGAAUAUAUGGGGCGAGUGAUGUCUUAUUUAGGAGAUCAGGCAGUUAGCCGCGACAAUGUCCGAAGCGUCAUGGAAUCCAUACCUUUUACAGACGGAAUGGUCGAGGUUUUAACGUGCAUCUCUCAAAACAAAAAUCACAUUGACUGCAUCAUCAUCUCCGAUUCCAACUCCAUCUUCAUUGACUGGAUUCUUGGAGCAGCUGGUGUCAGAACUGCGGUUGACAGUGUCUUUACAAAUCCUGCCACCUUUGACGACCGUGGCUACAUGUCAGUGCAGUGCUAUCAUUCUCAUGAAUGCGGUCAGUGUCCUGUCAAUCUGUGUAAAAGGAGAGUUCUGGAUGACUUCAUUAAACGUCAGAGACAGGGCGGUGUACAGUAUGAAAGAAUCUGUUAUGUCGGCGAUGGAGGGAACGAUCUCUGUCCCGUAAAGAUUCUUAGAGAAGGGGACUUGGUAAUGGCGAGAACGGGAUAUACGUUGGAGAGGCUUCUCUCAUCUCCACGUGUCUCGGAGAGUUCAUUAAAGCCACGAAUCGUUGUGUGGUCAAGCGGAUUUGAAAUCCUAAAUGAAAUUCAUUCACUGCUUAUUUAAUGUUUAUCGGCCAUUACCAACAUGUCUUCGCAAGAUACCAUUCAUAAUUUAAACAAAGGGGGUUCUUUUUAUGCUUUCACUUAUGGGCCAUUUGUCUUGUAAAUUGUUGCCCCCUCCAAUUAAAGCAUGAAAUGGUAAAAUAAAUCUUUAAAUGCUAAUAAAUAAAUAAAAAAUCAUUACAGUAUGAUUUAAUCUCUUCCAGUAUGUAAAUGGAAACAUUCACAAGGUAAAUGUAUGAAAAUGACAAUUUUCACUAUGCUUCCUAUUAGGACAUGGCUGUCCCCACUAUGAACCCUUACAAUUGUGUUCAAAAUUAAUACCUCAAUAGUUUUCAGUAGCACAUUAUGUUUUAUGAAAUAUGAGCUGAAAUAAUGCAAUCUGUUUUGUAAUGCAUGCUCGGUUAUGUUGUGGCGCUGCUUAGCUGCGCCUGGCACAGGGUGCCUUGAAUCUGUGCAGGGCGCAAUGAAAUCUCAGGACUACAAGGCAUUCUGGAGCCAAACAUACUGCCCAGUGUUAGAAAGCUCUGUUUCAGUUGCAGAGCUAAAAGCACCCAAGAAUGGAUAAGAAAACAUUGGACUAUUCUGCAGUGGCUGAGUCCUGAUCUGAAUCCUGUUGAACAUCUAUGGAAAGAGCUGAAACUUGCAGUCUGGAGAACCUGAGACAGCUGGAGCAGUUUGCUCAGGAGGAUUGGGACAAAAUUCCUGUUAUCAGGUGCAGAAGUGUCAUUGAGAGCUACAGAAAAUGUUUGAUUGUAGUGAUUGCCUCUAAAGUUCUGCAACAUAAUAUUAGGUUAAGGGUCUCAUCAUUUUUGUCCAAGCCAUUUUCAUUUGUUUUAUUAAAUAUGGAAUAAACAAUGGUGGCUGCCAA